GGCAAGGAGCUGGGCCUUGCCUCCAGCUACCUCUCCGUCCUCACCAGCCUCCCAACCCCGGCUCGCAAUGAGAAACCUGCUCGGCCGUGAAACGACUCGUUCCAUGCGCUUCCCCAGUUUGGUGCGGGGAGGGACGAGAUAUUGAUUCACCGGUCCCUCGCAACUCUGCCAAUCAUGCAAUUGCCGAGACAGAAAAGAGAGGCCCAGGAAAAGGGAGGCGUCGCAGGAUAUCGUAUCGUCACGAAUCACGGCCCUUGCCCUGAGGCCCCGUGGUUCAUGAUGCUGCUAGGGGUUGCAGAGAGCCGCUCGGCCGAAGCGGGGGUUGGUGCAUCGUCUCCUGCAAUGCCUUCCUGCGUCCGUCUGCAUUCGCCUCCUUCAUGUCGUCCGGUUUCUGGUACUGCCCAUGGCAAGGCAGAAUCUCCCCAAGCAGUCUUACACGUGCUUUCGUUCCCGCCAAUCAGCUCCUUCUCAAACCCAAUCUGCCUCGCCAUCGGUGAGGCGAAGGCAGCGGCACCAGUAAGGCCACAUCAUCGUUUCGGCGGCCGCAUCGGCCUCCUUAACUCGGCCUUGCCAUCCCUGUUCGCUGCGGCCGGCAUGUAACCCAGAAAUAGGUCGCAGUCGGGUCAGGCUGGUUACCUGCAUUCCCCACCACAGCUGCGCUGGCAUUCAGUCCGGUUGUGUCCAAAAGAGUUCUGCGAUCCGCACACCGAGACGCUCUGGAUCCGCGAAGCGAGUGGAGGCCCUUGGUGUCUCCGCAUGUGUUGAAAUCGAUACCUGCAGCUUUUUUUCUGACUGGUCAGGA